AUGGGUGACUGGAGCUUUCUAGGGCGGCUGCUGGAGAAUGCUCAAGAACACUCCACUGUGAUUGGAAAGGUUUGGCUGACCGUCCUCUUCAUCUUCCGCAUCUUGGUGCUGGGCGCAGCAGCUGAGGAGGUCUGGGGCGACGAGCAGUCUGACUUUACUUGUAACACGCAGCAGCCCGGUUGCGAGAACGUCUGCUACGACGAGGCCUUCCCCAUCUCCCACAUCCGCUUCUGGGUGCUGCAGAUCAUCUUUGUCUCCACGCCCACCCUCAUCUACCUGGGCCAUGUGCUGCACAUUGUCCGCAUGGAGGAGAAGAGGAGGGAGCGGGAGGAGGAGCUCAGAAAGGCCGGACGGCACCAGGAGGACCAUGACCCUCUCUAUCACAACGGAGUUGGCGAUGGAGGAGGAGGAGGAGGAGGACGAGGAGGUGGGAAGAAGCAGAAGCUGCCGAUUCGUGAUGAGCACGGGAAGAUCCGGAUCCGAGGGGCGUUACUGAGGACCUACAUCUUCAACAUCAUCUUCAAGACUCUGUUUGAGGUGGGCUUCAUCCUGGGACAGUACUUCCUCUAUGGCUUCCACCUGAGGCCGCUCUAUAAAUGUGGCCGCUGGCCCUGCCCCAAUACUGUGGACUGCUUCAUCUCCAGGCCCACUGAAAAGACAAUCUUCAUCAUCUUCAUGCUGGUGGUUGCAUGCGUCUCUCUGCUCCUCAACCUGCUGGAGAUCUACCACCUGGGCUGGAAGAAGGUCAAGCAGGGGGUCACCAAUGAGUUUGCACCCGACAGUGAGUCGCUGCUGCUGCCUGGAGACGCAGAGACGAUUCCUGAGCAGACCUCUGCGCCAGUGCUCGACUGUUUGCCGAGGUACGCCAGCGUGAGCGUGGUGGGGGGGGGGUCAGCAGAGGGAGGAGCCUACAGUCCAACUGAGGCCUCCCCUGCGGUGAUGUCCUUGCCCUCCAGACUCAAGAUGGAUGGCACAGUGUUCCACCCAGAUGAGUUCCUGUCGGAGGCCCCGCCCGCUUCUUUUUAUCGCAACGGUGAGAACGUGAGUGUCGGGAGCCACGGGCAGCUGGCGGCAAUGGAGCAGAACUGGAGCAACAUGGCGCUGGAGCUCCAGAAUCUGGAUGGAAAAAACUCCUCUUCCUCUUCCUCCUCCUGCCCUCCUCCUCUUCCCUCCACUCCCACCUCCGCCUGUACCUCUCCUCAGGAGGAGACAAACCCACCACUGCCAAAAGGGGAGCAGCACUCCACGUUUCCUACACUUCCUCGUAAUACCCCUCUGUACCCCCUCACACCGCAGGAGGCGGCGGCGGAUGAGGAGAGCCCUGCACCUUGUAUGGUCCCUGCUGACGACUUCACCGUGGUUACCAGGGCGGAGAUGCAUCAGCCUCCUGCUGCUGCGACAGACAUCCGGAAGCCAAGUCGGGCCAGCAAGAGCGGCGUCCGAGCUCGCCCUGAUGACCUGGCAGUGUAG